AGUAACAUUUGUUGAACACUGUGAAAGCUUCGUUCCCUAUCCAAUUAUUGCUUCGUUCCUCGUCCGUCUCCAGUCAGCAAUCCUCUCUGCGAUCACUUUACUGGGUUCGAUCGUUGCUUCAUUUGUUGGAGUGCUGGAACUGUUGAUGCUUGGAUUGGAUGAUUGGACAAGCGUCGUUGAUCUCUGCCCAAAUGGAUGCUCCCGGGCAAAGACUGCUCGCGGGGUCCGAAAUUCACGGCUUCUUUACCAUGGAAGAUCUGGAUUUUGUAAACAUCCUGGAAGAGGCGAAGUCAAGAUGGCUGCGGCCUAAUGAGAUUUAUGCGAUACUAUGUAACUAUCACCAUUUCAGCAUCAAAGCCAAGCCAGUGAACUUACCACAAAGUGGUGCAAUUACAUUGUUUGACCGUAAAAUGCUCAGGAACUUUCGGAAAGAUGGUCACAACUGGAAGAAGAAAAAGGAUGGGAAGACUGUCAAAGAAGCUCAUGAACACUUAAAGGUUGGUAAUGAAGAAAGGAUCCAUGUUUAUUAUGCUCAUGGUGCAGAUAAUCCUGCCUUUGUUCGCAGAUGUUACUGGCUGCUUGACAAGAGUCUGGAAAACAUAGUCCUUGUCCACUAUCGUGACACCCAAGAGUUGCAGGGUUCUCCUAUUACACCUGUGGACUCAAGUUCUGCUUCUGCCCUUUCUGACCCAAGUCCUCCUUGGAUUUUAUUCGAAGAGACUGAUUCUGGGGCUGAUCCUGCAUAUCAUACAGCUGAGAAAGCAGAAUUAGAUCUCGGUGACCCUAUGACCUUCAAAAGUUAUGAAAUGAGACUUCAUGAGAUCAACACACUUGAAUGGGAAGAGCUUUUGGUCCCUGAUGAUCCCAAUAAGUUGGCUGCACCUGGAGGACAAAAUUCAGAGCGGCAGAAUCGGUUUGGAAUGGAUGGAUUUUUGACUAAUGGUACCGUCCUAUCAGCUAAUGAAGUAGCUGCUGAAAAUUCUUUUGGCAGUCUAUCCAAGCCAGGUGCCCAGAGUAACAUUCAUUUGAAUGUUUUGGGUCCAGACUCACAGAUGUCAGAAGGUCAAAUGAAUUCAAAAAUCCAGAGAAAGGAUUCUCAACUAGUGACAGAAGGCGUUGCUGCCUCAGACACGCUGGUUAAGGAUAGUUUUCAGAGCCAAGACAGCUUCGGAAGGUUGAUGAACUACAUCUUGACUGAUUCACCAGGAUCAGUAGAUGAUCCAGUAUUGGGAUCCUCGAUUCCAACUGGUCAUGAAUCAUCUGUAUCUCCAAUGUUGGAUCAUCUCCAACCAUCUGCUCUGGGAGAAACAUUUAGUAUAACAGAUAUCUCUCCUGCAUGGGCUUUUUCAACUGAAGAAACAAAGAUCCUUAUCACUGGACUUUUUAAUGAAGGUCAAUUGCACAAUGCAACUUCCACAAUAUAUUGCAUCUGUGGAGGUACAUGUAGUCCUGUAGAAAUUGUCCAAUCUGGAGUACUCCGCUGUAUGGUUUCACCACAUGCCCCCGGAUUAGUAGAUCUUUACUUGAGUUUCGAUGGCCACAGUCCUGUCAGCCAAGUUGUGAACUUUGAGUAUCGCACUCCUCCAAUGCAGGACUGGAUGAUUUCUGCAGAUGAUAAGUCUAUGUGGGAGGAGUUUAGACUUCAGAUGAGGCUUGCUCACUUGCUCUUUUCUACCUCUAAGAGUCUUAACAUUUUAUCAAGUAAAGUAUCACCAAAUACCCUGAAAGCAGCUAAAAUCUUUUCCCACAAAACUUCCCACGUUGCGAAUGGUUGGGUGUGUAUGGUUGAGUCGAUAAAAAAUAACAAGGUCUCUUUUCUAGAAGCAAAGGACAGCCUGUUUGACCUCGCUUUGAAAAACAAACUAUGUGAAUGGCUAUUGGAAAGAAUUGUUGACGGGUGUAAAACUUCUGACCACGAUGAUCAAGGUCAAGGAGUGAUCCACUUGUGUGCUAUCCUGAACUACACAUGGGCUGUCAACCUAUACACCUUGUCUGGCUUAUCAUUGGACUUUCGAGAUAAAUUUGGAUGGACAGCUCUUCAUUGGGCCGCAUAUUACGGAAGGGAGAACAUGGUUGCUGCUCUUCUAUCUGCAGGAGCAAAGCCAUACGUGGUCACAGACCCAAGUUCAGAGAAUCCUGAUGGAUGCACUGCAGCUGAUCUUGCAUCUAGCAAUGGCCAUGAUGGUUUAGCAGCUUUUCUUGCAGAGAAGGCUUUAGUAUCACACUUCAAGGAUAUGACAAUGGCUGGAAACGUAAGUGGCUCACUGCAAAGUAGCACACCUAACUCAGUAAACAACUGGAACCUCAAUGAAGAUGAGCUGUAUCUGAAGGACAGUCUGGCAGCUUAUCGAACAGCUGCUGAUGCAGCAGCACGUAUACAGGCUGCGUUCAGGGAGCAAUCAUUUAAAUUACGUAAAAAAGCAGUCCAGGUUUCCACUCCAGAAGAUGAAGCACGCAGCAUAAUUGCAGCAAUGAAGAUCCAGCAUGCCUUCCGCAAGUAUGAGAUGGGAAAGAAGAUGGCAGCUGCUGGACGAAUUCAACAUAGGUUCCGUACUUGGAAGAUCCGAAAAGAAUUUCUCAAUAUGCGACGUCAAGCAAUCAAGAUUCAAGCUGUUUUCCGGGGCUUCCAAAUGCGGAAGCAGUAUCGGAAGAUUGUUUGGUCAGUUGGAAUCCUUGAAAAAGUAAUUCUGCGAUGGCGUUUGAAGAAAAAAGGCUUCCGCGGGCUUCAGGUUUCCCCCACUGAAGCCAUCAAAGAUGAGCAGCAAGGAAGUAGUGUCGAAGAAGAAUUUUUCCGAGCAAGCAGGAAACAAGCAGAAGAGCGUGUGGAGAGGUCUGUAGUACGGGUCCAAGCUAUGUUUCGCUCAAAGGUAGCACAGCAAGAGUAUCAGAGGAUGAAGUCCGCCCUUAAUGAAGCAAGGCUGCAAUACGAAGGUUCAUUUCUCCUGGUACUGAUAUGGGAUAGGAGAUCAAUACGGGGCCAUAGGUUCCGGGCACUACCCAGAAAUCUCAAGUCCUAGGGCAGUUACAGUAGCAUUGGCAAAAUGAAGGCUUUGGGUAAGUUUGUAUUCUUGGCUGCAACAUGUACAUCUUGUAAAUGCAUGGAUUAACGUUGUCCUGUAGUUUGGCCGCCCGCCCUUCCGUGUGUUUUAUGAAAAUGAGGGGCCAUGAUUUCACUUUACAUGUUGUAUUAUUUCAGGUCCUAGCUGUUUUCUUUUGGGUUGGUAUUACACGUCAUUAGAUUGUUGUUUUCACCUUUUAAUCUGUAAACCUUAUAUAAGACAUAUAAUAAUUAGCGUUGCCAUUAUCAUUAAAAGUUAAUAUCUAA